CGAAUGAUCCACUCGGCGCUCCAGGAGCGCCGAGUCGCCCACCUGCUCGCCUCCAGCGGCGGCCACCGCAACGUCGUGGCCUCCUACUUCCACUUCCAGGAGCACCAGUGCCUCUACCUCGUCGGCGAGUUCUGCAACGACGGAGACCUGUACACGCACCUCACCUCGCACACGCGCAACGGCGUCAUGGACGAGCAAAGCUCCGUCCACGUCAUGACGCAGAUCUUCCACGGCAUCGACUACCUGCACCGCGUGCUCGGCAUCGCGCACCGAGACCUGUCGCUCGAGAACGUGCUGCUGCACGACGGCGAGUGCAAGAUCUCGGACUUCGGCCUGUCGGUGGACGCCGCGACGCGCUGCAAGGCCCGCGUGGGCAAGGAGUACUACAUGGCGCCGGAGGUGGUGGCAGGCAAGACAAACGACCCACAUUUGGUCAUUUGGUCGCUGGGCGUCAUGUGGUUCAUCCUGCUCACAGGCACCCCUCUGGUUCCGCUCGCUUCUCCGAAGGUUGACUCGUUCCUCGCGUUUCAACGCUGUGGCCUCACCAUCGUCUUCGAAUCCUGGGGACUCGCUUCAAAGUUGUCGCCGUGGGCUGUCGACCUCCUGUCUCGAAUGUUGACUGUUAACCCGAGCAAGCGGAUCUCGCUCAAGGAGAUCUUAACUCGCCUCUCAUCUCAGUAA